CACGAGGAAAACGAAUAAUCACCUUUUCAACGUCAUUAGUUUCACGGAAACGUCUCUGGAAGGAAUAAGGCUGACAUACACAAUAAUCCCUUCAACUGGAAGUAUAAAGGAGCGGCGAAAGGCGACUGGCUGUUGUUUUCGGUUGAAUAAUUAUGCCUUUAUUGGGAGAUGUAAUACAACUGUGAACAGUGAGUGCAGUAGCCUAUAGUGAUAAUAGUUCAGAGAAAUAUCAUUGACGGCUAUUUUAACGAUGUGGCUAACAGUGGAAUCAAUUGGUGAGGGUGUACAACAAACUUUAGUUUGAAUGAUACAAUUUGUUAUAAGUAAUACCCAAGAGGAAUAAAGAUCUUGCGUAGUGCUUAGUAUUGUAAGCUACAACGAUAAACGGUUCGGAACGUGUACCACAAGUGUUCCGUAUCUGGAAUUGAUUUGGAAUAACAUUUUUAAGUCCAACACACAACAACAGACCAACAUGACUCAAAGGAUGAAGCUCAACAUAUUCCUAAACAUAGUAUUUCUUCUCCUGACCAAAUCGCUUGGAGAAAACACAACAACGAUAACCGCCUCGACUGCACAGAGUUUGCCUGAAGUCACCACAACAUCUACAACACAACAAUUACCAACGACGACUCACCCGCAGCAGCAGCAAAUUAUCACCUCGACGACAUCUCCUUUCAACUACACCCAAGAUAUACAAGCCUCUUCAAUCGGAACUUCAUCGACAUCGACAGUGGCCCCAAUUGUGGGUUCUACGCCACUGUCAUCGAUUCCCUCGUACAUAUCGAACACAUUGAGUAUAUCACAAAUGCCAACUUUUCCAUCGUCGCCAAUGACGACAAAACAGGAUUCAAUAGAACCGCUUCCUGUAGAAGUCGAAAUCGGUCCAGGUGGGCCUGACCAGAAAGAAAGCCUUGGUAUCCAAAAAGCAAUUGACUGGUUACGAGAGAAACGACUGCCAGACUACAGUUGGGGCAAUGAUACGCACAUGGUGAUACUAGCUAAAGAGUUAUCAGGAGCUCGUGACCCGACAGAAAAUGAUAAUCACCUCCAAGAAAUAUCGGAUUUGGAAGACAUGCUGUCAGUAAAACAAAUGGAAAUUGAAGUGCUAACGAUGGUGGACCGGCAUCACUCGAUGCCGAAGCCUGUUAACACAGAUCGUAUCGCUAAAUAUAUUCUAGCCAUGGGGGCCCUUUGUAAAGACUCUCGUCAUUUCUAUGGUCAUGAUUUGGUGGCCAUAUUGGAGCAUCACGAGCACGACCAAGGACAGGAAUAUGAAUUUGCGCUAACCGCCCUGGCUGUCUGUAGUUCGGCAACUCAUGUGCGGAAAAGGCAAAUUCGGCGACUGCUAGACAUUGCUAGCGGAGAGGUUAAUAACGUGGAUACAAUAGCCAUGGUUUUGUUGGCACUGAGAUGUAUCGUUACCGAUCAUCGACACCGACAUCUACAACAUUUCGUACGCAGACCUGCACGGGGUUUGGCUACUCUACAAGGACCCCAAGGAAGUUUCGGCUCAUUACGGAGUACCGCUCUAGCAAUGCAAGCCCUACAGGAUCUUGAGCCGGAUCCAGCCGGUAAGUGGGAUCGAACUGCAGCUUCCGAGUGGCUUCUAUCGAAGCAACAGCCCGAUGGUGGUUGGACCGAAGAACCAGUACAAGACGGUCAAGAACCAACAUUUGGUGUAGGAUUAACUGCAGAUAUAAUUCUUGCCAUAGGAUGGAAAGGAUUGGGAGCAGUACGUGCGUUGCAAUGUGAUCACGUGAUACGAGAAUCGAAUGACAAUGCUUAUGAAAACGGCGAACCAAAACUGGCAGCACCGGUUGGUUUAAUAUCAUCCGUUGAAGAAGCUGAACCGCGGAAUGUAACUUACACUUACACAUUAUGGGUCGGAACGAAUGAGACAGAAGAAUAUUCGCUGGAUUUAACCUCACCGAAGAAUACUACCUUUUUCCGAGCGAUGAAACAAGCGGCUGAGAUAGACUCGAGGUUCUCGUUCGAAGCACGUGAAUGGCCCAACGGACACUAUGUGCACACUCUCGCGGGCAUGAAAGAAGAGCCUAAAAGCUACCACUACUGGCUGCUAUACCGAUUACCAGAAAAGCCUGAUACGAAGAAUCCCCCCGGUAAUCAAUUGAUAGCACCUCUAGGUGUUGAUGAGCUUCUUGUAGAGGAUGGCGAACACUAUCUCUACUGGUAUAAAAAACUUUAAAACAAUCUUCAAUUCAUGUUGGAGUUUGAUGAUUCAGCGUACAGGAUUAUGCGGGGUAUUUAUUAUAAUAAACAUCAACCUGUGGAAAAAGCAAAGGUGGUUUUAUUUGUAAAAAAAGGUAACUGUGCAGGAGAAUGGCAUAGUAUCCUGAUUGAGGAAGGUAAAAUAAACAAUGGUGUUAGGGAACAUAAAGUGAUGACAAAAGCGCGACCGAUGAAAGAAUGAAUGAAAAGCGAUGAGAAAAAACAACAUUAGCAAAGAGUGUCUAGUAGACAACAAAUAAUAAGCCGUAAGCACCUGCUUAUUAUCUUCAUAGUAGAAAAUAAAAAGGAGCAACAUUCAAAUAUGAAAUGGAAGCAGCAAGCUAUCAACUUAUUCAAUAAGCUACUAUUAAUUCAAAAAAAUGCGACAAUUUGUAUUUCAUUAUGGUGAAGUUCAAAGGCAUAAUGUGUUUUAUUCUUUUUUACACUAUACAAAGAUAUAAAAAAAUAUUUUCCGCUCAACAUAAGAUUCAAUUCAUGUACUUAUUUUGCUGUGGAAUAAUCUCAAUCAGCAUGAUAACAGUUCAAAUUGCUCAACCUUUGCUUACAUCAAGGAUUCAUAGCACCAAAUUAAUUAUUGCUUGAUAUAAAAUAAGAGUCAAUAUAAAUAAUCAACUGGUUAUAUAGACUAAAGUGACAUACAGCUUCCGGCAAUGAGAUUAAUCGUAUUCAAAAAUUUUAAUCGACCAAUACUGAAUAGGAGAAUACUUUUAAUCAUUUUUAUAAACCGGGAAACGAACAAUAAGUUUAUCAAACAUUCCAUUUAAUAUUAUUUAUGACUACGAAGGAUAGUAAACCCCAAGUUUUCGAAAAUUUAUAAGCCACAUAUUAUCUUGAUUUCAGGAAUAUAUAGAAUCAGUUUAUUUCAAGUUUCUUUCCUGAAUGCGCUUAUCUCAUUGCCAUUGCAAUCGUAUGAAAAUGGAAGCUUAUUAAAAAAUAUACCUUUUCAAGUAAAGUUACAAUGUGAUCAAAUGAACUUUAUUUUUAAGCAUCAAUAUUGACAAUAAUUUAUGCAUUGUAUCAAAACAUAACCAUUCCAAAUCGAAUGUUCGCAAACAUAAAGUUAAUAAAUGCAUACAACGAUGAUUUGAAAUAUACACGAAUUAUGAAACGUCAUCCGAUUUGUGUACCCCUUUGGGAGAACAAGAUAAUAACAUAAAAUAUGCACAUUGGUUCAAAUUAAAAAAAAAAACACCCAACCGAGGAAGAAUUAAAAAAAGUUUGGUUGAGUUUUGUUUUCUCCUCUGGAGUUAGUUUGAAAAGAAAAAAUAAAUAAAACAGUUUGAACCAAUUCCAAGCAAUGAACCAAUACACGUAAAAGCUCAAUUGUCAUGGACACAACAACCUAACGUUUUUAUACUUCACAAAAAUUCUAUUUAAUUCUUUUAUUUCUAUGAAAGCUUGUUAAAUAAUCUAUCAGCUGAGUAUUUCUUAGAUAAUACUAUAAAUAUUCAACCCAUAGAUAUGCAAAGUUCUUUUUUGAGAAAAUUCAAACACUAAACAUACCUAGAUAUUCACUUUAUUUGUAGAAAAAUCCAUAGAUAUUUACCAAUAGUUUAAGCUACAUUAGGAUCGCUCCAACCGACACAAAACUAUGAAAUACACUAUAUGAUUGCGGACAUGAAACAUAUUCCUCCACCUAUUAGAGAAUAAUGAAAAUAAACGUGAAUAUAACAAGUGGAUCAAAUUGAAAGCAACAUUUUUUCUUUCGUUCCAUGGACUAUUAAUUGUUCAGCAACAUAUAUUUUAAAAAUAGCAGCGGUACCACACGAAUAUUUAUCAGAUGAAUUGAAUUAUUGACAUGACAGUUAUAUACAAAAAUAAAUAUAGCUUAGAAUAUUAUAAUGAAACAAAUAAAAGCUAGAUAAACA